AUGUCGUCGGAUGCAUUAAAAGAGGUUGCGAAUCUAAUUAAAGACGAUAUUUCGUUGGAUAGAAUAAAAGAUAUAAAAGAUCAACUAACAAAGAAGAAAUCUACUCUAGAUUAUCAAUUAAAUAAGGAAUCCGAUAAAUAUUACGGUUAUGUCAAAGAAAGUGUUGAGAAAUUAAAUGCAUCACAAGAGUCUGUGAAAUCAAUCCGUGAAAGAUUAGAUGAUGUUAAUAAGCUGAGUAAUGAACAUAAAUCCUCAAUUGAAAGAUAUGACAUUAUUUUAAAAGCAACAAAAAUAUAUGAAACUAUAGAUCUAACAUCGACAAUUUAUUCAAAGAUCAUCAAAUUCGAUGAAUUAUUAGGGGAAAUUGAUCAGAUGUUGACUAUUGAAUCUGAAAGUGAUAGUGCUGAAACUGGAUGUCCUUACCUUCUUCAAAUUCAUUAUCUAUUAACUAAAUCACGAGAUUUUCAAGAUCAAAUGAUAGCUAUGGCAGCUAUUUCUACUGAUGAUGUUCAACGUACAGUGGGUAAAAUUUUUACAAAAUUGGAUAUCUUAGUUUCAAAGUUUGAUGGUUUAUUAGAACGAUUGAUAUAUGAUGCAAUUGAGUUAGUGAGAGCUGAACAAAUUUCAUUGGUCAUUAAACUUUUUAAAAUUAUUGAUCUGGAAGAAAGAGAAGAUUUAAAAAUCAUGGCCAUCCGUAAUAUCAUUAAAAAGAAAGAAAUCGAAGUUAAUAAAUCUUCAAUGAAAAAAUUACCAAGUAGUAAAAUUAAAAAAUCUAAUCCCCAAUUGAAUUUUGAUGAUAAUAUUGAAUAUCCAACUAAUAAUGGUAUUUAUAAGGAAAUCCUUAGUGGUACAAUUACUACAAGAACCAACGUACGUAAUUAUAAAUUGUUCUUUUUUGAAAAAAUUGCAUCAUCAAUUGCAGAUAUAUUUAAAGAAGUUAGAAAAGAAUAUUCAGGAGAUCGAAAAUUUGAAGUUUUAGAAAAUUUAGAUUGGGUAUUUAAUGAAUUACUUGUUGUUAAAGAAUAUUUGACAAAAUAUGGACCAUCGUAUUGGAAAUUAUUUGAAAAAUAUUAUGGAUUGUAUUAUGAACAAAUGAAUCAAUUGAUUAAUGAUCUUGUAGAAUCUGAACCUGAAACUAUUAUCAUUUUAGAUAUUUUAGAAUAUGAUAAAUCUUACCAACAGACCAUGGUUACUGAUUUUGGAUUUAAAAAAAAGGAAGUCAAGAGUAUUAUUGGUGAUAAACAAAAGGAACAAUUAUUUAGUGAUUAUUUGAAAUUAAUUUUAACUAAAAUGCAAGAAUGGAUUACUAACUUAGUAAGAGCCGAAUUUGAUGUAUUUAUGGAAAGAUCUACCCCUCCACAUCAAGAUUCUGAAGGGUUAUUUUAUUUAGAUGGUACAAAGACAUGCUUUCAAAUGUUUUCACAACAAGUGGAAGUUGCUGGUGGAUCUGGUCAAGCCAAAAUUCUUGUUGGUGUUGUUGAUAAAUUUUGUGGGUUAUUAAAAGAUCGUCAACAAUUAUGGAUAGAGAAAAUUAGUGAAGAAGUUAAGAAAUUGAUUCAAUUUAAUCAAAAAUAUGAUUUGAAUCCAGAAGAAAUUACAUCUCAAGAUGAAGUUCCUGCAGGUUUAGUGGAAUAUUUGACAGCAAUCGCUAACGAUCAAAUGAGAUCAGCAGAUUAUGCAGUGGCCAUUUCAUCUAAAUAUGGUAAAAUUGUUAGUAAAGUUUAUGAAAAGCAAAUUACUAAUCAUAUAGAAGCUACAUUAGACGGGUUUGCAGAGGUUGCUAGAUGUGGGUCUGUGGGGAUUAUAUCUAUUAUAUUUGAUGAUCUUAAAAAACCAUAUAAGGAAGUGUUUAGUAAGAGUUGGUAUACAGGGAAUGAAGCUCAACAAAUAGCAGAUACGUUAUAUGAAUAUUUGAAUGAGAUUAAAUUACAAAUGAAUUCAUUUGUAUUUUCUACAUUGUUAGAGACAGUUGUUGAAGAGACUAUACUGAAAUUCAUUGGAGCUCUAGGGUAUAACCAUUCGUUUAAAAAUAAGGGGAACAAAUUCUUAGAAUCUGUCAAGAGAGAUUUUGAAAUCUUUUACAAAUUAUUUAUUCAAUUUGUACCUGAAGGUGAAGAUAAAACGAUAAUUAUUGAUGAGAAAUUUAAAUUGAUGGAAUUCUUUAUGGAUUUAUCAUGUGGGCCUGUGGAUGAAAUUGCUAAUACGUGGGAAAAGACGUUACAAAUCUAUUGGGAUUGUCCUAUAAUUUUAUUAGAGGCUAUUUUAUCAUGCCGUAAAGAUGUAGAUAAUUCUCGUACAAAGCAAAUCUUGGGGAAUGCCUCACAAUUGAAUAAUAACUCACAACGAUUAGCACAUGUUGAAAGUGGAGAGUUACAACCUACGUUUAUUAGUAGACUAGUAUUAGCAAAGAAAGAGAAGAAAUGA